UUGGGUGUUUGGGGAUUCGAAUCCCGUCCUCAGGGUCUUAAUGCGAGCUGAAUUUCCCGAGCUUCCGCUUUGUUCGGUUUUUGAGGUCGGGCGGUGGGGAGAGGAAUGCGUGGCGACUCUCUUCCUUCUUUGUAGAUCAACCUCGAGGUGAAGUUCACUUCCCCUGUUACUUGCAAGCUGAAACUGGCCCGAACAUACAGGAUAAUAAGGAAUAAAGUUGUGCUCUUCAAAAUCAGAGCGAAGUUGCUUUGUAAAGAGUUCUAUAAAUGUUAGUAAUUCUUACCAUACUUUAGGAUCAAUCUCGAAAAUAACCUAUUAAGAACCCACUCUUAGCUGCUAGGCGCUGCAGGAACUGGAAACACACUGAGGAUGUAGGAGGAUGCCCUGCGAAUGUCCAUGAGGCGGAGAAAUCUUGCUCGAAAAGCUGCAGAAGGACACAGCCGGCUUAGGUAGUAGAGCAGCAGGUCCCGGAGUGGCAGACUCAGCUCUGGCAUCACCUUGCUGGUGUGCUUUAAGGAAAAUUCAUCAGGACCUUUGUAUCUGCAAAGCUGUGUAAAUGCAAUCAGUGUGAGUAAUGUUUACUAUGUUCUCCUUGAGUAGUGUGAGUGUGGGGAUCUGGAGGAAAUGCACCUUUUUUUCCUUACAUCAGAUUAGGGAUUUAAAGUUAGGGAUUGAAGGUGACUUGACUCUAAAUUCUGUUAUCAGAGUUGAACUGUCCAUCAAAUGAAUUCUAAAGCAAGGGUGGGAACCUACCUGUGUUACAGUCUCCUGUGACUCAAAGAAUAGUUUCUGCAGGAUUCUGUCAUGCUGUGAGGCCAGUUAGGAUGUUGAUAAGUUGAGCCCCGUAAUUACUUAGCAUCACAAAGGGCUAGGUGGAGUUGUUUAGAGCAGUCUUCUUUGUAUUCUGCCUCCUUAAGUGGCUCCGCUCUUAGGUAGGAGUCAAGGAAUCUACAAUGAACAACGGGACAGGAGUCCUACCCUCCAGGAACUGGCUUGGGGGAGAAGGGGCAUCAGUGACAUUUUAUGUAAAUGGCCACCCCUAGAGUGUCACAGGGAGUUAGAGUACAGUUUCUUGUUGCCCAUCUUCUACCCCAGGCCACCUGACCCAUCCCCUUCUUUCCCUUUCCAAAACAUAUAGGAAAUUUAAGUGUAGUGUUGAUUGUAUUAAUGACUGUUUUAAAUUUCAUUUCUAAUUUUUUAAAAUUGGGUGAAUGUAAGCUGUUACAAGUCUCUCCCUCUCCCCAACUCAGUUUCAUUGCUUUUUAGUUAUCUAUAGCCUUCAAAUAAUUUUUUGUUUCUUUUCCCUGUGGUUUGUGGCUGUCAGACAAAAAACUGAUCCGGUGAAAGUGAUGUGAUGAAUAACUCAGUCCAGAAGAACUAUAGGUCUAGACUGUUAGAAUUUUAAAUUUUGCAGAGCAUGCUUGCUCUGGAUUUUUUUUUUUUUUUUGCCAUUGUAGUAUGCCCAUCCUUCACUCUUGAACUUUAAGUCUUGUUCCUUGAAACUCACCUUAUUGUUGGACACUUUCCUUGAGGUCGUGAUGUCUCAGAAGAAGGAUGUGGAGCAUCAGCAGUCCCAGGGCAGUGGUGCCUGCUCACAGUCCCAAGGCAGCUUCUCGCAGCCCCCUGGGCUCUCCUCACAGACACAAGGCUCCUCUUCACAGUCCCAGGGCACGUCCAGCUCCUCCACCAGCACAGCGCCCACGUCCAGCCAGUCCUCGCACUCCAGCUCGGGGACAGUGAGCUCCUUAGACACAGUGUCCACUCAGGAACUCUAUUCUAUUCCCGAGGACCAAGAACCCGAGGAGCCUGUCCCUGCCCCUUGGGCUCGAUUAUGGGCCCUUCAGGAUGGAUUCUCCAAUCUUGACUGUGUUAAUGACAGCUACUGGUUUGGGAGGGAUAAAAGCUGUGAAUAUUGCUUUGACGAGCCACUGCUGAAAAAAACGGAUAAAUACCGGACUUACAGCAAGAAGCACUUUCGGAUUUUCAGAGAAAUGGGUCCUAAAAACUCUUACAUCGCAUACAUCGAAGAUCACAGUGGGAAUGGAACGUUUGUAAAUAGAGAGCUUGUAGGGAAAGGGAGACGCCUUCCUUUGAAUAACAAUUCUGAAAUCGCACUUUCAGUAUGCAGUAAUAAAGUUUUUGUAUUUUUUGAUCUGACUGUAGAUGAUCAGUCAGUUUAUCCUAAGGAAUUAAGAGAUGAAUACAUCAUGUCAAAAACUCUUGGAAGUGGUGCCUGUGGUGAGGUGAAGCUGGCUUUUGAGAGGAAAACAUGUAAGAAAGUAGCCAUAAAGAUCAUCAGCAAAAGGAAGUUUGCUAUUGGCUCUGGGAGAGAGGCAGAUCCAGUUCUCAAUGUUGAAACAGAAAUAGAAAUUUUGAAAAAGCUAAAUCAUCCUUGUAUCAUCAAGAUUAAAGACUUUUUUGAUGCUGAAGAUUAUUAUAUUGUUUUGGAAUUGAUGGAAGGAGGAGAGCUGUUUGACAGGGUCGUGGGGAAUAAACGCCUGAAAGAAGCUACAUGCAAACUGUAUUUUUACCAGAUGCUCCUGGCUGUACAGAUUACUGAUUUUGGGCAGUCCAAGAUUUUGGGGGAGACCUCCCUCAUGAGAACUUUAUGUGGUACCCCCACCUACUUGGCUCCUGAGGUUCUUAAUUCCUUUGGGACUGCUGGAUAUAACCGUGCUGUGGACUGCUGGAGUUUAGGAGUUAUUCUUUUUAUUUGCCUUAGUGGGUAUCCACCUUUCUCUGAGCAUAAGACUCAAGUGUCACUGAAGGAUCAGAUCACCAGUGGAAAGUACAACUUCAUUCCCGAAGUCUGGGCAGAGGUCUCAGAGAAGGCUCUGGACCUUGUCAAGAAGUUGUUGAUAGUGGAUCCAAAGGCACGUUUUACGACAGAAGAAGCUUUAAGGCACCCGUGGCUUCAGGAUGAGGACAUGAAGAGAAAAUUUCAGAAUUUGCUUUCUGAAGAAAAUAAGUCAACAGCUCUACCUGAGGUCCCAGCCCAGCCUUCCACAAGUCGAAAGCGGCUUCUGGAAGGGGAAGCAGAGGAUGCUGACACCACAAAGCGCCCAACUGUGUGCACUGCUGUCUCAUGAACACUGGUUGAACGUGAAAGAAAUGUACUUUCUUGAACCCUGCUGCCAUUUGCUUUAAAUUUUUUUUCUAUAGUUUGUAUUUUAAUUAUGGGAACAGUUCCUUUUCCAUAAUCAUCGAUAUACAAUUCAAAACCUAAAGGAAACUGGA